AUGUUGAAGACGUCAUUGCUUGGAAGGGACUACAGUAGUGAGCCCAACUCCUUGGACAACGGGGCCAAGUCGCUCUCAGAGAGUAGCAGCACCACCACUUCAGAGAAGGUCCAUCCUGCUGAGGAAGCCAACAGAUUAACGAUGGUACAAAGCUUGAUCCAUUUAUUGAAAUGCAACAUUGGCACAGGGCUCCUGGGGCUUCCCCUGGCCAUGAAAAAUGCUGGCUUAUUGGUCGGUCCUAUCAGCCUGCUGGCCAUCGGGAUCCUCACUGUGCACUGCAUGGUCAUCCUGUUGAAUUGUGCUCAUCACCUCAGUCAGAGACUGCAAAAGACUUUCGUGGACUAUGGAGAGGCCAUGAUGUACAGCCUCGAAACCUGCCCAAACGCCUGGCUGAGGACCCACUCGGUGUGGGGAAGGUACACUGUCAGCUUCUUAUUAAUCAUCACCCAACUGGGCUUCUGCAGUGUUUAUUUUAUGUUUAUGGCAGACAAUUUACAACAGAUGGUGGAAGAAGCCCAGGUGACCUCCAACACCUGCCAACCCAGGAAGAUCCCAGUGCUGACCCCCAUCCUGGACAUUCGCUUCUACAUGCUGACGAUCCUGCCCUUCCUGGUCCUGUUGGUGUUUAUCCAGAACCUCAAGAUGCUGUCCAUCUUCUCGACGCUGGCCAACGUCACCACCCUGGGGAGCAUGGCUCUGAUCUUUGAGUAUAUUGUGCAGGGGAUUCCAGAUCCCAGCAGACUACCCUUGAUGGCAAGCUGGAAGACCUUCUUGCUGUUCUUUGGUACAGCCAUCUUCACAUUUGAAGGCAUCGGUAUGGUGCUGUCUCUCAAAAACCAGAUGAAGCAACCACAGCAGUUUUCUUUUGUUCUGUACUUGGGGAUGUCCCUUGUCAUCAUCCUCUACAUCUGCCUGGGGACACUGGGCUACAUGAAGUUUGGGUCAAACACCCAGGCCAGCAUCACCCUCAACUUGCCCAAUUGCUGGUUGUACCAGUCUGUCAAGCUGAUGUACUCUAUCGGCAUCUUCUUUACCUACACUCUCCAGUUCCACGUCCCCGCCGAGAUCAUCAUCCCCUUCGUCAUCUCCCAGGUGUCAGAGAGCUGGGCACUGUCUGUAGACCUGUCUGUCCGCACAGCCUUGGUCUGUCUGACCUGUGUCUCAGCCAUCCUCAUCCCCCGCCUGGACCUGGUCAUCUCCUUGGUGGGCUCCGUGAGCAGCAGUGCCCUUGCCCUCAUCAUCCCGCCCCUCCUGGAGCUCAUCACCUUUUACCCAGAAGACAUGAGCUGUGUCACUAUUGCAAAGGACAUCAUGAUCAGCAUCCUGGGCCUUCUGGGGUGUGUAUUUGGAACAUACCAAGCCCUCUAUGAGUUGACCCAACCCAUCAACCAUUCCAUAGCCAACUCCACAGGUGUCUAUGCAUAA